UUUAUUAACCUUUACAGAAAAUAUGCUAAUUCAUUUGAAUAUAAAUAGAUAAUACUUUACAAACAAGAUGAAGAAAUUGCAGCCAAAUAAAAGAGAGAAUGCAAAUAUAUUAUCAUUUUGUACUUUCUGGUGGAUGAAUUCCUUUUUUGUAAAAGGAGCGAAGCAAUCCCUCUCAGAUGAAGAUAUGUUGCAGCUAUCUGAAGAAGAUACUUCAGAAACAGUCUCCCAAAAAUUAGAAAAAAAUUGGACACUUGAAGUCUCUAAAGCAAAGAAUGGCAGAAAACCAAGCCUUAGUCGUGCUAUUGUUAAAACAUAUGCUUUCUUUUUUUCUAAAAUUGGAUUACUCAUUCUGGUUGAAGAAUCUCUCAGAACAAUCCUCCCACUUAUGGUUGCAAGACUCAUCUCAUAUUUUGAAAACAUGGAUUCUAUGCCAGUAUCGGACGCAUACAUGACAGCAACUUUCAUUAGUGUUAUUUCAUUCUUUUUAGCAAUCUUUCAUCAUAUUUAUUUUUACUAUGUUCAGCGGUUAGGUUGGCAUCUCAGAGCUGCUGCAUGUGCACUCAUGUAUAAAAAGACAUUACGGCUGAGUCAAAGAGCACUGAGUGAGACAACCACUGGACAAAUCGUAAAUCUUGGUGCAACGGAUGUCUUAAGAUUUGAUUUUCUGCCCUUGUUUAUUCACUACAUCUGGGUGGGACCACUACAAUCGGUCAUUUGUGCCUAUAUAUUAUGGGGUGUAGUUGGACCAGCUAUGUUUUCAGGCUUUGCCAUUUUAUUUCUAAUAAUGAUUUGCCAAAGUCUAAAUGGAAAAGUCUUUGGAAGCUUAAGAAUGAAAACUGCAGUUAUCACCGAUGAGCGUAUUCGACUCAUGAAUGAAAUCAUUACUGGAAUGCGGAUAAUUAAAAUGUAUACAUGGGAAAACCCAUUUGCAAAGGCGGUGGCGGCUAUUCGCAAAAGUGAAGUACGAAAGGUGAUGUGGACUGCAAUGCUUCGUUCCUUCAACUUGUCAAUGUUCAUAUGUGCUCCAAAAAUAAUAGCAUGUGUUACAUUUCUUGUUUAUAUUGGGAAUGGCGGUGAACUCACUACUUCUCAAGUAUUUACUGUGAUUGGGAUUUAUAAUGUUAUUCGAGUGUCUAUGGGAUUAUUUUUUCCAUUGGCAAUUGAAAAAAUUGCAGAAUCCAGGAUAUCAGUCGGAAGAAUUGAAAAAUUUUUACUAUUGGAUGAAACAAAAAAUAUAAAUCAAGUCGGUGAAUCCGGUAAUAGUAAAUGUGGAAAUAAUUCCAUAGAUAAGAAAAUGGCUGCCGAUAAAAGUUUUGUAGAAAUUAUAAAUUUUGAUGGUAGCUGGGAUGAUAAUGGAAAAGUGGAUAAAAAUUCAAUUUUGACAUUGAAAAAUAUUAAUAUAAGAGUUUCAUCUGGCCAGUUACUGGCAGUCAUUGGUCCUGUUGGUUCAGGAAAAUCAUCUUUUCUGAGUGCCAUUUUGGGAGAAUUGCCUGCAUCUUCUGGAGAAAUUAAAAUUCAAGGUGAUAUAGCAUAUGCAAACCAAGUGCCCUGGGUAUUUGCUGGAUCAGUCCAAGAAAACAUUCUAUUUGGAGAAGAAUAUGAUGCAGAUUGGUACGAUAGAGUGGUGCAUGCAUGUGGUCUGGAGCGAGACUUUGAAUUAUUACCAAAUGGAGAUUCAACAAUAGUGGGCGAGCGUGGUGUUACAUUGAGUGGAGGCCAAAAGGCACGAGUCAACUUAGCUCGCGCUGCAUAUCGUAAAAAUGCAAAUAUUUAUCUGCUUGAUGAUCCGUUGAGUGCUGUAGAUGCAGCAGUUGGAAAUCAUUUGUUUCAACAUUGUAUAUCUGGGAUUAUGAAAGAUAAAGUUUGUAUUCUUGUAACACAUCAGCUUCAGUUACUACAAGAUGCUGAUAUCAUUAUCAUCUUGAAAGAAGGAAAGAUCGUGGGUCAAGGUACUUAUAAUGAACUUCAAGCAGAUGGAACUGAUUUUGCUGCUCUGCUUGAAGAGAAAGAUGAAGUCCAACCUGGCCUAGUAGAGACUCAACUCUCAGAAAUUGAAGAUGAAAACUCAGUAUUGAUUAAACAGAGACUAGAUCCAAAAAUGACAGCUUCAACUAUUUCAUUGAAGUCUGUAUUGUCACAAGAAAUGAUGGGUUUAUUAGGUGAGGAUCCUAUAGAUUCGGACACAACAAACCUAGAAGAUGAUAAGAACGGAGAAGCAUCUGAAGAAAUGCGGGUGCAAGGAAGUGUUGGUCGAAGUGUUUAUCUUGAAUAUUUUCGAGUCGGAGCAAGCAAGAUUUUUUGUUUCUUCUUCAUUAUAGUUAUUUUAUUGAGCCAUAUUUCAUUUAUUUUAUGUGACUGGUGGAUAUCAAUGUGGGCAACAAAGUAUGAAGAACACCAACAGCUUGGGAGUGACUUACAAUCCAAUGUAUCAAGUACUCUGAACUGGUCUACUACAAUAAUAGAGGAUAAUACUUUACCAUCAACUUCUGAAAGUUCUGAUGUAUUUGACACAAACUUUUAUAUGAUGAUAUAUGCUUGUCUUACUGCAAUAACAUAUAUUUGCAUAUGGGUUCGUGCAAUAAUGCAUUUUUAUCUUUGUGUGUCAUCAGGCAUACAUAUGCAUAAAAAAAUGUUUUAUGCUAUCUUGAGAUCACCAAUCAGAUUUUUCGAUACAAAUCCUUCUGGACGAGUGCUGAACAGAUUUUCCAAAGAUAUCGGUCAAAUUGAUGAUCUUUUGCCAUUAACUUUUUUUGAUUUUUUGUACAUAUUUGGCCUUAUUGCUAGCAUCCUGAUCCUGGCUAUUAUUGUUAAUUUUAUGGUGGCUGUUAUAACACUGCCAUUGGUUGUUGUUUUCUUCUGGUUAAGGCAGUAUUAUUUAAAAACUUCACGGGAUAUUAAAAGAUUGGAGGGAUCUACCCGAAGUCCAGUUUUCAGUCUCCUGUCUUCUACAUUGCAAGGUCUUACUACAGUCCGAGCAUUUAGAGUCCAGGAUACAUUCGAAAAGAAAUUUCAUGAAAGACAAAAUUUGCACAGCAGUGCUUGGUACUUAUUCUUAUGUGGGGGUCGAUGGCUCGGAGUUCGAUUGGAUCUUUUAAGUGCAAUUUUCAUAACAACUGUCACCUUUAUGUGUCUCAUCACGAUAUCAUUUAUUGAUGUUGAUCCUGGUCAAGUUGGUUUGUCCUUGACCUAUUGUAUCACUCUAUUAGGAAUGUUUCAAUGGGGUGUAAGGCAGAGUACAGAAGUAGAAAAUUUGAUGACUUCGGUUGAAAGAGUUCAACAAUACUACAGUACCGGUAUUCCUUCAGAAGCUGCAGAUGAAAAACCGGACAAGAAACCACCUGCUUCAUGGCCAAACCUCGGAAUAAUUACCUUUGAUCGAGUUUCGUUUGCGUAUUAUUCUGGUGGUCCAGAUGUGUUAAAGAAGGUUCUUUUCAAUGUCAAAUCACAAGAAAAAGUUGGCAUUGUUGGUCGAACAGGUGCUGGAAAAAGUUCUCUUAUUUCUGCUUUAUUUCGCCUGUCUGAAUUAACAUCUGGUGAGAUAUAUAUAGAUGGAAUUGCAAUUACACCUUUAGGAUUGAAUGAUUUGAGAAGAGCAUUGUCAAUUAUACCACAGGAUCCAAUUCUAUUCACUGGGACUAUGCGAAGAAAUCUUGAUCCAUUCACACAAUACAGUGAUGAAGAUUUAUGGGAUUCACUUGAACAAGUCCAGCUGAGAGAAGUAGUAGAAUCUCUUCCUCUGAAACUGGAUAGUGAACUUGCAGAAUCUGGUUCUAAUUUCAGCGUUGGACAACGACAACUUGUUUGUCUCGCUCGAGCCAUUCUCAAAAAAAGCAAAAUCUUAGUUAUUGAUGAAGCGACUGCAAAUGUCGACUUGAGAACGGAUCGUCUUAUCCAAGUCACAAUAAGGGAAAAGUUUAAAUAUUGCACAGUUUUAACUAUUGCUCACAGAAUUCAUACAAUCAUAGAUUCCGACAGAGUGAUGGUGUUGGAUGCAGGAAAAGUUAUAGAAUUUGAUCAUCCUCACACUUUGCUACGAAACUAUGAAACAAUGUUUUCAAAGAUGGUUGAGACAACAGCCAAUGGUGCAGCAGUAUUGAAGAAGAUGGCAGAGGAAGCUUACAAAUCUCAAAAUCAACCAAAGCUUUCACUUCCCACUACUAUAAAAGAUAGUGAUAGGUCUUAUCUGUCAAGAUUUACACCAUCACCAGAAACCUACGAUGCAAUAGAGUUUGAAACUGGAUUGUAAUAGGAACGACUCCACAGUUCUGCUAUACAGCUCCAUCAUGAUAUUUAUUAAAUUACCAAGCAACAUUCCAUAGAAUAUUUAUUUAUGAUCAUGUCUGUGCUAGAUCAAACAUGUUCGUUAUUUUAGGUUAGGUAUAUUUAUAAUAUACCGAAUCUAUGUUUUAGUUUUAAAAUAUUAAAGCAAUUUUGCAUCAUUUGCAUUCAAAACCAUAACUUUUGUGGUAAGCAAUCAUUCUCUUUCAUUCCAGGAGGAUUUAAUUUAUAUUUCCCAAAUUCGUUAUUCAAUUUUCUGAAAUAAUUUUCAAUUCAUCACGAAUUUUCGAAAUUAUUCUCGGUUGACUACCAAGCAGCAUUUCUGCUUGAGAUUUCUCGAGAUAAAAAAAUGGCGCUGUAUUGCCUAUCAAGUACAGAAACCUAUCUUGUUCUAAAUAAAUUUCUCGUCUAAAAACAUCCACGGUAUUUGAAAUAGCUUCUUGUGAAUUGGCUAUAUAUACACAACAAAUUUUAGAUAACAAUUCAUUGCAUAGUCUAUUUUGUAUAAGUGCAAAUGUAAUAUAAUAUGCUGCAACUGUAUGUUCAAAUAGUACUUUUUUUAAAUGAUAUUUCUUCGAUGUUACUGCCAUUUGCCCUUGUUAAUCAGUGAUGUUUAUGUAUGAUUUUGGCCUCUUAUCAUUAUCAUGACUAUAUGUAUAUUGCUUCUCAUAAUUUGUAUUUUUCGUUCGAUGGGUAUUAAAAUAUCCUUUCCCACAUUAUUUAUCAUUCAAAAUCAAGAUGCAGAGGCAAAAUUAGGCCGAAAAAAUAUUUAGGAAUGAAGGAUUUUUAUUAAAAGAAUAUUUAUGUUGUUUGGUGAAGAAAAAAUUGAUCUCUGCCAUACAUUGUGAUAUACACAUACUUCUGUUCUAUUCAUUUAUGAACACACAUUUCUAUAGAGCUACAUAGCAUUAUUUCUUUUCACUGUUAUUGUAAUUUGGUGCCUGCCUCUAUUUAGCAUAAUAUGGUGUCUGACACUUAUUUCUCUGAUUUGAAAUACAACACUUAACAUAGUUACUUCA